AUGGGUGAUAAAGACGUAAGCAAGUUCAUCCAGAAACAAGAACGGGCCCUGCGCCAAGAUGUCUCCACUUGGAGAAAAGUUGCUGUUGACACGGAGAAGUUGUGUGUUAGCUGUGAGGAUCCAAAUGCAUUUGAUGAAGCGUUCACGUAUCUUCUAUUCGAUGCAUUCACGACGCUGGAGAAAGCAUUCAGAAAGUUAGAAGAACUUUACGAUCUACAAGGCAAAGAGAAUGAAUCCUAUGUGCAGAAAUAUCAGGAUAUAGAAGAACUUAACUAUUAUCUGACUAAGAAACUGUCCGAUGCCUUGGCAACUUUGAAGCAAAAGAACAUGCAAUCUAAGGACACUGUUAGUGUUACAAAUAAGAAAGAAGAAAAGCAGUCUGUGGACACUGUUAAAGAUUACGAUGAAAACGUCAAUGCUAAAUCUAAUGACAGUCCUGAUAACCCAAAGGAUAACUCUGUACUUCCAAAAAGGAAUGCGACUGCAUGUGAACCCGCCACGUCAGACGUGGCCAACCUGAUUUCACACUUGGUUGAUCAGGUCAAUCUGUCACGCCUACCACCACCAGAGCCUGGCGUGUUUUCUGGAGAUCCACUUUCAUUCCCCUCCUGGAAGGCGGCGUACUGUAAUCUUAUUGAGAGAAAGAAUAUUAGUGCACCCGAGAAAAUCCACUAUCUGAAGCGAUACUUGUCUAAGUCGGUAAAAGAAGUUGUGGACGGCUACCUGACUGUCGCCGAUGAAGAUUCAUACAACCAGGCAUGGAUGCGAUUGGAGAAACGUUACGGGGAUCCAUUCAUCAUAGCCAAUGCCUUCAGGGACAAGUUAGAUCAAUGGCCCGAUGUACCAUCACGAGACGGGAAGGCACUUAGGAAGUUUUCGGAUUUUCUGAGGCAGUGUCUGGCCGCCAUGAAAGUCGGAACAAAGGGAAACCUGAACAUUCUAGAUGACGAACGUGAAAACCAAAAGAUCCUGAGAAAACUCCCCGACUGGCUAAUCAAUCGAUGGAACAGAACCGCGUCCACCUAUAAACAGACUGUUUGUUGCCAUCCACCUUUUCAUUACUUCGUUACCUUUAUCGAACAAGAGGCAGAACUUGCUUGUGACCCUGUAACUAGUGUCCAGGCUGUUAAGAAAAAAGAAAGUCGUCCUGGGAGUGAGAUGUCUGCUCAACUUGGCACCAAGGAGAAACAAUCGUGGCGUAAAAAGGCCCCAGCUACCAGAUCCUUCGCAACAGAGACGAAAGAAAGGAAAUGCUUCUAUUGUGAGGACAGUCAUUUAGUACAGACAUGCCCCCAGUUAUCAUCCAAACCCCUUAAGGAGAGACAGGACUUUGUACGAUCAAACGCGCUGUGCUGGGGCUGUCUUCAUAAGGGACACAGAUCAAAGGACUGUAAGACACGCCUGCAGUGUAAAGUCUGCAGCAAGAACCACCCGACUUUGUUGCAUAUGGAGAGAUCUGAACCGGCAAAGACGACCAGGAAUCUGGAGAAAGCUGACGAGAAAUCUACCAAGACCACCGACAGAAAAGAUGUGGAAACGGCCUUCAACCGGAGGAGUCGGACCAAUGUAGCGGUAGGAUGCAAGAGCUCGAUGAUCGUCCCAGUCUGGUUGUCACACAAAGAUCAUCCCCACUCAGAGAUUAUGACCUACGCUAUGUUAGAUACACAGUCCGACACAACGUUCAUCCUGGAAAGCCUUCGACAGGAACUUAGUGUUGAUGGGACCAUCACUAAGCUAAAACUGUCCACAGUGAGUGCUCAAAACAAUCUGAUAGAGACUGUUAAGGUGAAAAAUUUGUUAGUUAGAGGAUUAACAUCGGAUUCUGAAGAAAGACUCUCACUACCUCCGUCUUUCACUAGAGAGGUAAUGCCAGCCAAGAGAUCGCACAUACCGACACCGGCAAUGGCCGAGAAGUGGCCUCAUCUAAGACCCAUUGCCAAGGAGCUGCCAGCUAUCCAGGACUGCGAUGUUGGGAUAUUGAUAGGUUAUGACUGUCCCAAAGCCCUCAACCCUCGAAAAGUUAUCUCUGGAGUCGAGCCUACUGAUCCCUUUGCACAGAAGACCGACCUUGGAUGGGGAAUAAUUGGUAUCAUCGACAAUCACUCAAGCAGCGACGACCCAAUAGGAGUUAGCCACAAAGUUCUAACUUACAGCGAUAUACCCUCAGUUGAACAGAAGACCAUAAAAAGGGAUUUGGUUAUCUCUAACGUCACAAUCAAAGAGGUUCUUACAACGCUGGAGGCAGAUUUCAAGGACACUGAGGAUACCGGCAGCCAAGAAUCAAUUGAAGACAGAAGAUUCGUUCACAUAUUGACCAGAGAGAUGCACCAAAGACCGGAUGGGCAUUAUGAGGCACCCCUGCCUUUUCGGAACGGCAAGCCAAAGGAGCUCCCAGAGAACAGACGAUAUUGUUUGAAAAGGCUAAACAAUCUAAAAACCAAGUUAAACAGGGAUCCAGAAUACAGGAGAAAGUACGUUGACUUUAUGCAGAAGAUAAUCGACCGUGGAGAUGCAGAAUUGGCACCCCAACCACCGCUAGCAGGACAACAUUGGUACCUACCCCACUUCGGAGUUUUUCACCCUAAGAAGCCGGAAAAAAUACGGGUUGUAUUUGAUUGCCGAGCUGAAUACAUGGGACACUCGCUCAAUCAGUACCUGCUUCCAGGCCCAGAUUUGACGAACUCUUUACUGGGUAUACUCUGUCGAUUCAGGAAAGAGAAGAUCGCAAUAACAUGUGAUGUUGAACAGAUGUUUCACCAAUUUAAAGUCAACCCAGAUUGUAGAGACUAUUUGAGAUUUUUGUGGUGGCCAGAUGGUGACACUGAUAAGGAGCCAGUAGACCAUUUGAUGUCCGUACAACUGUUUGGAGCCACCUCAAGUCCAUCAGUAUGCAACUUUGGCCUGAAAAGGAUCGCCACAGAUUAUGAAGAAAAGUACGGGAGUGAAGCUGCUAACUUUGUCAGAGAAGAUUUCUACUGUGAUGAUGGGUUAAAGUCUGUUCCCGCAGAAGAUGAAGCUAUUGAUCUAGUAGGACUCUGUUCAGAAGGGAAGUUGAGACUCCAUAAAUUUGCAUCAAACUCUGAAAAGGUGCUGCUUACCAUCGAUGAAGAAAACAGAGCUAUCAAAGACAGUGAUCUACAGCUGGUGCCACACGUUGGUCAAAACAAAGACCAAGUCUUAGGAAUGUAUUGGAGUAUAUCAUCAGACCAGUUCCAGUUCAAGAUAACGCUAAAGGCACGGCCAGUGACGAGACGUGGGAUCCUGUCAACUAUCGGCACAAUUUACGACCCCUUAGGAUUGAUAUCUCCAGUACUCCUUGUGGGACGACUCAUCUUACAAGAACUCUGCUCCCUCAACCUGGAUUGGGACAGCCCUCUACCAAAAGAACUACAAGACAAGUGGGAGAAUUGGAGAGAGGAGCUGCACUCUUUGGAAAAGCUGAGAAUACCCCGAUGCAUAAAGCCAGCAGAUUUUGGAGAAGCUAAGUCAGUCAUCAUUCAUCACUUUUCAGAUGCCUCACAGUUCGCCUAUGGUCAGUGUUCUUAUGCCAGAAUGAUCAACAGCCAGGGUCAGAUACACUGCAGCCUCAUUAUGGGAAAAGCAAGAGUAGCUCCAUUACGUCCUGUCACGAUACCCCGCCUAGAGCUCACCGCCGCAGUCUUGUCAGCAAAAGUCGCAGCAACACUACGGAGGGAACUGAGUCUUGAGAUUGAUGAAGAAACCUUGUGGACGGAUAGUAAAGUAACAUUGGGCUACAUACAGAAUGAAGCAAGACGCUUUCACGUAUUUGUCAGCAACAGAGUCCAGCAGAUCAGGGAUAGCAGUGAGCCAAGCCAAUGGAAACAUGUCAGAGGUCAGGACAACCCAGCUGAUGAAGCUUCCAGGGGGAUGACAGUUGAAAAGUUCAUCACAGGCUCCAUGUGGCUAAAAGGUCCAACAUUCCUUUGGGAACCCGAGAUUCCAGCCCAAGCUAGUAAAGAGAUACCAGAGCUAUCACCAGAUGACCCAGAAGUGAAGACAGUUACCAGCCUAGCAGUUCAAGCAGAAAAAACGGCCUUUGAGACAGAAAACCUAAAGGCAUAUUCCACCUGGGAGAAGGCGAGGAGGUCUAUUGCGAUAAUCAUCAGAUACAGAGAUAAUCUGAGACGUAAAGCCCAAGGGAAAGCUGUUAUGGUCGGCCCAUUGAAAGUUGAGGACCUCAGGAAAGCAGAGUUAGAAAUAUGCAAAGCAGUCCAACAAGAGAAUUUCAGCAAAGACAUCGCAGUUCUCAGAAAGCUGAAAGUGGAGAAGACAGAAAAAGAUGACCAAGCCAAAGGAAGAAAACUACAGAUCAAAGGAACAUCUGCAAUUUAUCGUCUGGGUCCUUUCCUGGAUGAAGACGGCGUGUUAAGAGUCGGAGGUCGCUUAAGAAGAGCUGAUAUUCCAUCAAAUUUGAGGCAUCCAGUCGUCCUGCCCAAAUCAUCCUACGUCACAACCUUGAUUCUGAGACACUGUCAUGAAAAGGUACUUCAUGGUGGCCGCGGAUUCACAGUCAGCUCAGUUAGAGAAGAGGGGUACUGGAUGAUUGGAUGCAGGAAGGCAGUAGGCAGCUUUAUUGGAAAGUGUAUUACCUGUAGACGACUACGCAGACCACUCCAACAGCAGAUGAUGGCAGACCUUCCCAAAGAUCGCCUUGAGUCAAGUCCACCGUUCAGCUUUGUUGGUGCAGAUGCCUUCGGACCAUUCUAUGUCGGCGUCACGAUUGGCAGGAAAACAACAGUCAAGAGAUAUGGCAUAGUCUUCACUUGUCUUUCAAUGAGAGCUGUACAUAUUGAAACAGUCACCGAUAUGACCACCGAUGCCUUUAUCAACGCACUUCGUCGAUUGAUUGCCAUUAGAGGACCAAUCUCCCUUCUACGAUGUGACAGAGGAACAAAUUUCGUCGGCGCAAGAAACGAACUACAGAAUGCAUGGUCUGAGAUGGAUUUUGACAAAGUCCAACAGUUUCUCCUGAAACAGGAAUGCAAUCUCGAGUUCAGGAUGAAUGUCCCAUAUGCCAGUCACCACGGGGGAGUCUGGGAACGCCAGAUUCGUACCAUGCAUCAGAUCCAUACUGUCUACAAUUCUGCUGAAAUCUGGAACACAACUUGA